AUGAGCCCAAACCCUUCCUAUCUUCUUCUCCGCACAGCACAAACUGCUCACUGCUUUCUCUCUCUCGGACUCUCGUUCAGCAAUCGUCACAGCAGCUGCCGCGCACACCAUCAUCUCCCUAGCCUCUCGCCCUCUGUCUUACUUCAUCUAUCUCCUUGCUACAGAGCACCCACACACCAAACAGAAACCCUCCUUCACGAAUUCCGGCGAGAUCCGCCAUUUAAUGUGGUGCUCUGUUGUUGCAACAGCACGGCGCCGCCGCCGACUCUGUUUCUCCCCACUGAUUUCACCACUUCGCAUUCUUUGGCCGGACAUCAAUUCAAGUUGUUUUUUAGCGUGACAACAAAGUUCUCAUUUUUUUCAUUUUCUCUUCGAUUAAGAAGAGAAAAAAAAAAAACAAAUUCAAGAAAAGGAAAAGGAGAUAAGCUCAAGUGAAAAUGUUGCCGAGGUGGGGCAGAGUUUUGAGCCGUAUAAACAGGAUUAACAGUAUUCAGAAGAGCAGUGAAUUAGUGAAGAAAGAAUCAUCACUUUUUCUGUUCCGGGAUUAUGCAAAAGUUGCUGCCGCUGUGGAGCCAAAUGCUAAGAGCGACAUUAUCAAACCGGAGGUGAAUCUUAACAAGUUGUUUUGGUCGAAGCCACGUUCAUUGGCAUUGGCAGCUGACUCACCAUAUAGAAUUAAUGAUCCCCAAUACAAGGGUAUUAGACGAUUUAUACUGAAGUUGAUGCUAUUCUACAGCAAGCAGAGUCAGUUCAUUCGUUGGGCUAAUGCUAUUUACGUUCGUGUGCGAUAUCAAGUUGAUAGACGUGCUAUUUAUGAUGUGUUUAGCUUGGAGCAGACUUUCAAAACAACAUUUUCCUUGCUUGUCCUCCAUAUGUGGCUUUGUCUGCGUCGUUUGAAGGAAGAGGGGAAGGACGGUGUUGAGUUGGGGCAAUACUUAUUUGAGAUAUAUAAUCAUGAUCUGGAAUUGAGGGUGUCUAAGGCUGGGGUAAAUUUACUGUUAUCCAAAUGGAUGAAAGAAUUGGAGAAGAUAUUUUACGGAAAUAUCGUUGCUUACGAUGCUGCAAUUGGAAAACAUGAUGACCUACAAAAUGUCAUCUGGAGGAAUGUGUAUUCAGAUGAUGGUACAUCAAAACCAAGCAAAGGUGCCUUAGUUUCUGUCCAGGCAUUCACAAGAUAUGUUCGUCGUGAAGCCAGUUCUCUCUCAUUAACAGAUAAAGAAGCCAUGCUUACGGGGAACUUCAAAUUCACGUCAUUGGAUGAUGGAGGGACUGAUGAGUGAUGACACAGUAGGGAAGUAGUGCAAACCAUUUGAUAUGGUAAUGGUUAUCAAGAUACACUACAAGUUGCUUUCAAGGAUGCGUAUAUUUAUUUUGCCAAAGAAUGACAGAUAUCUGAAUAAUGCUUCUUCUCGGAAAUGAAUACCGAUCCAUGAAAGCGGAUUGCUGAAUUGUGAGUGAUGGUAUAAUUACAAAUGGUAGUCUUUGAUUGAUCUUCAAGAAAUUCAAGGUUUCGGCUCUUCAAUCGCUCCCAUAUCCUCUGAUGAGAACAUGUAUCAAUAAGUGCCUACCUCUCUCUCUCUAAAUGAAAACAUUCAACUGAUUGUUUCUGGUUGGUUAAUGGUUCUUUUAUAAUCCUAAGUACUGGGAAAUAGUAAUUUUGUGACGUCAAUGGAAAACAUGAUGCAUGGAUUCCCAAAGUUAGUUUUCAUAUAAUAAAUUGUGUUCUUUCCCUUUA